AUGUCCUUUCUGAUGGCUAUUUAUCUGAAAAGAGGAGUCUUAUUUAUGAUCUUCUUAUUGUUUAGGUUUGGCUUCUCAAACGAUGUACCAGCGUCUUUUGUUUUUGGGGAUUCUUUGGUCGAUGUGGGCAACAACAACUAUAUUGUUUCACUGGCCAAAGCAAACCAUGACCCGUUUGGGAUUGAUUUUGGAAUUCCCACUGGUCGUUUCAGCAACGGAAAAACAGUGGUUGAUGUUUUAAAUCAGAAACUGGGUCUUGGCUUUUCUCCUCCUUACUUGGCUCCCACUACUACUGGAUCAACAGUGCUAAAGGGUGUUAAUUAUGCCUCUGGUGCAGGUGGAAUUCUUAAUAACUCUGGCGAAAUUUUUGGUGGUCGAAUCAACUUCGAUGCACAGAUUGACAACUUUGCAAACACCAGGGAAGAAAUCAUCUCCUUAAUUGGUUACCCUGAGGCUCUCAAUUUGUUUAAGAAGGCCCUCUUUACAGUAGCACUAGGCUCAAAUGAUUUUUUGGAUAACUAUUUGACACCCUUAUUGUCAAUUCCAGAGAGGGUGUUGGUAUCUCCAGAAUCAUUUGUGACCUCAUUGGCAUCAAGACUCAGACUACAACUCACUCGGCUAUUCCGUCUAGGGGCUAGAAAAAUUGUUGUGGCAAAUGUAGGGCCUAUUGGGUGUAUACCAUAUAUGAGGGAUAUAAAUUUAAACCCCUAUGAUGGAGAUGAAUGUGUCACUUUCCCAAAUGAGCUAGCCCAGUUAUUCAACACACAAUUGAAGAGUCUUGUUGAAGAGCUUAGGACAAAAUUGGAAGGGUCAUUAUUUGUUUAUGCAGAUGUUUAUCAUAUUAUGGAAGAUAUCCUCAUGAGUUAUAAGGACUAUGGUUUUGAGAACCCUGAUAGUGCAUGCUGUCACAUGGCUGGUCGAUUUGGAGGCUUGAUUCCAUGCAAUCGUAGUUCAAAAGUUUGUGAGGAUCGUUCCAAGUAUGUUUUCUGGGAUACCUACCAUCCUAGUGAUGCUGCUAGUGCUGUUAUCGCUGAGCGUCUCUUGAAUGGUGAUACUCGUGACAUUUCACCCAUCAACAUUUGUCUACUUUCCAAACUAUAA